UCAACACCUUGCCACAGAGAUAUCUGCCCCUGUUGCCCUCUCCGAUCAGCACAGCCAUGAGGAGCACAUUCUUGGUCGCAGUAUUAAUGGUUCAAUUCGCCAUUAGUACAUGUACCAAGACUACUGAUUGUCUCCAGGUGAAGGCUUGGUGCAUCUCUGACACAACUGGCUGUAAAAAUUUAUGGGACUUAAUUGAAGAUGUCUGUAACGUGACAGGUGAAGCUUGCACAAUAAAGGAUCUCAGCAGUUGUAACCUAACCAUCCAGUACCUAACUGACAGUUAUCCAGCAUUUAAGGAGUGCAGUUGCCUCGAAGACAAAUCAUGUGAAUUUCUGAGACCUCUCAGAAGCCAGUGCACUAGCCAAGGAGAGCUCUCGAGAACAGCUCCUGCUGUUCCAUCAACACAUCAUGACUGGAGUCAUCGUUCAAGACUGACAAGAAUUAAUAACCAUUUGAAGAAGGACGAUGAUUGUUCAGUAGCUAGAAAUCAAUGUCUAAAGUCCACAAGUUGCAGUUCAGUGUAUGCAAGGUUUAAGAAGAUGUGCAAGAACAAGAAGGGCAAUUGCAACAUUGCAUCUGUGGCAGAAGAAUGUUUGACUGCGUGGCAAGCAUUGCAGCACACAAAACUGUCUAACUGCACCUGCUCAAGGCAGGAAAGACUAAAAUGUCAAAGAAUACGGAGCAGCCUUUUCAACAAUGCUUGUGUGCAAAUUGCAUAUACAAACCUGAAUACAAGCAGUGAUGAAGGAAUAAAAGGAAAUAAUUCUAUUGGGGACAGCAGUGACUUCACGGAGAGCAGGAAAACAGCAACAGAAUCUACUGCUUUCGCCAGAUAUGAUAACAAAAAUCACAAGCAUUCCAUGUCUUGCUUGAAAGUCACCGAGCAAUGCAUAAAGGAUCAAAACGUGUGCAACCGACAUCUAACUCCUCAGAAGAAGGCUUGUCCCCAGAAUCGUAAACAUUGCAACCUCAACAAUUGUCACAGAGCAAUUCGAUCCUUUUAUGGAAAGAUCUCACCAGAUCUUGCUGAGAUGUUAGUAUUCUGUGGAUGCCACCCGUCCGAUGAGCUGUGUCUACAGGCAAAGGAAACCCUCCAUAACAAUUCCUGUGCCAAUCACAUGGACACAAAGCCAACGUGCCUUCAUUUGAAAGAAAAAUGCUUCAAUGAAGACAUAUGCAGGUCAAGAUAUGAAUUGUUUCAAGCAACAUGUUGGGGCCAACUGACAAGAAUAUGUCAGCAAGGCAAUGAAAAAGACUGCCUCUCAGGAUUCACAUGGGAUGACUGGAGUUGCACAGCCAAUGCAGAGUGUAUGGCAGCAUAUAUCAAUACACGUGGCACACUUCUACAGGUCGAAUGCACGUGCAGUGGCGUUGCGAAAGAUGACCAACCCCUUUGUGAACUAUUCCAGCAUAUGUUAAAUUAUCAAGUUUGUUUCACUCAUGUUUCACGUCAAGCUACUGACGCAGACAAGAGGCAAGUGGAAGAGGAGCUCACUGUAACAAGGUCAUCAUUGAUGCUAAGUGGUAUAAUGAUAUGUGCCAUCACUUAUGUCUGUGGAGUCACAGUCAUCAUUGGAGUUGUCGUUAUUGUCAUCUUGUGCAAGACAAGGAUGUGUCAGACACCUAAACAGGCUGCAAAAACCUCAACUUGUUAAAUGAGCAUGAAAGUCCUGAAACUUUGACAAUGUUGGAGGAAAUAUUUCGGUAGAAGACGUUGUUUCUUGUUCUGUCAUGGCAUUAUGUAUAUUACAAACCUGUAUGAUGUGCAUGUAUGAAACUAUACUCGAUUGCCACUGGCAUAGCUGUAUGAUAAGCCGUAUUUGCGUUGGUGUCAGGGAUUGUUUACUGGAUUAAACUGAAUGAUCCAUAGAUCCCAGUGGAAAAUAUUUCUGGAUAGGAUGGGAUUGUUGGAGAGGGAUUGCUACAUGCUACUUUAUCUCUAAUCCAUGAUCCCAUUGAAGAGUCUUUGCACUGCAAGAGUGGGAUCAUUGAAUUUAUCCUGAUGUGAAUAAAAGGGUUCAGUG